GCCGCUACACAACACUUCGUCGGAGACACGCCGGUGGACUCUUUCCCAUCUGCAGCCACACAACAAAUUCCGGACGAUGAACUCACAAAGGAAGAAGUGAAAAGACUGUCCAAGGGUGAGCAGAAGGACCCUGGGGCUGGCAAGCGAGCUGGAGCUGCUUCGAGAAACCCAGAUGACUAUGAUACACGUGGUCGAGGAGGACAAGGCAAUACACAACCAAUG